AUGUCUGAAGUCAUUGAAGGUAACGUUAAGAUUGACAGAUUGUCUCCAGGUGACGGUAACACCUUCCCAAAAGCUGGUGACUUGGUAACUAUUCAUUACACUGGUACCCUAGAAAAUGGUCAAAAGUUCGAUUCCUCUGUCGACAGAGGUUCUCCAUUCCAGUGCAACAUUGGUGUCGGUCAGGUCAUCAAGGGUUGGGAUGCUGCCAUUCCAAAAUUGUCCGUUGGUGAAAAGGCUAGAUUGACGAUUCCAGGCCCAUACGCUUAUGGUCCUCGUGGUUUCCCAGGCUUGAUCCCUCCUAACGCCACCUUGGUUUUUGACGUGGAGUUGUUGAAAGUUAACUAA